AUGCAUGCAGGAAAGAAAGUUAGGGAGAAAGACGUGAGACAGCUGAGUGAUGGCACACUCAUCAUUCGUGGUGAGGAAGUUUCACCACGAAACGUUGGAGGUGUUGGAUUUGUCGUACACCCAUCUGUUGUCCAUCCUGUCGAUGCGCAUGCGAUCCUGUCACCUGUCAUCUUUCGACUCCAUUCUCUGCAACAGGAAACCACCACUAUUAUCAAAUGCUAUUCACCCACUUCACCAGCUGAUACCUCGAAACCAGACGCUUUCUAUGAAGGAGGAAAUUAUCUGCAAAUUUGA